ACACUAAUCAAAAAAGGCAAAAAAAAAAGUUUUUCUUGUUCAUUGCUGCAGAUCUACAGACAGGGGGAAACUUCAAUUCUUAUUAUCUAACUCAAAUCCCAUAUCUCCCUGAAAUCAAUCCAACCCUUGCUCGUUUUUCACCCGCCACUGCUUCCACUUACAAUCCUUAAACCCUCAGUACCAAAAUCCGUACUGAUAGUCCGGUCGGAGAAGUACUUCUUAGGUUGCUGUAGUUUCCGGUUUUCUUUUUUUGGGAAUUUUAUUUUAUUCUUUUUGGUGGUUUGACCAGCAAUGAAAGAAGGGAAAUCGAGUAAAUUGAAUAAUCAGCAGCUACACCAACAUCAAAACGGCCACUUAUCUCCUUUCAAAUUUGCUAAAUUGUUGGAUCCAGAGGCUUCUUGGGAUAAGGAUCAAUUGGGUGAUGUCUUGCAUUGGAUUAGGCAAGUAGUGGCGCUUUUAUGUGGAUUGCUUUGGGGUGCUAUACCUUUGGUUGGGGGUAUAUGGAUUGCCGUUUUCCUGGUUAUAUCCUCUGGGAUUGUAUACGUUUAUUAUUCAAUGAUAUUGAAGGUUGAUGAGGAAGAAUUUGGUGGUCAUGGUGCUCUUCUCCAAGAGGGACUUUUUGCUUCUAUUACUCUAUUUCUGCUCUCAUGGACUCUAGUAUACAGCUUGGCGCACUUCUGAUUCACUUGGUACGCCAAUUUGACUGCUUUGGCCUUUCUCCAUCAAAGAGUUGUAUGAAGCUGGGUGAGGCACCAUGACAUGUGCUCUAAAAACAAUGAGAAAGUUAUUGCAAUUAUUAUCAGUUAGCUACGCUAUGAUUGUGCAACAUCUAGAUUUUGCAGUGCAUGGAAGUGUUAACUUCCCAUUGAUGAUAAAUCAAUGUUUUCGUUCAACACCGUCAUAAAUGUUGCAAUUUAUGGGUUGCGCAUCUGCAAUCAAAAUUCUGAAUUCACUCAAUUUGAAUGACUAAUGCAGUUUGUAGA